AUGUCCAGACGCAAUCCUUCGGAUCUGAUCGCAAGAAAAACUCCGGCAACUUCUAAAAAGCAGCCUAGCAGCGGAAUUGAGAAAGCACACGCCGAUCUAAUCGCAUUUUUGUACGCAUCACACGGUGAAUCAUAUGAUGAGAAUGUAGGCACUAUAGAAGGCAUGAUUGCUCUGCCAAGAGAAAAGCCUUGCAAUUGGUUCGACUUGCUAGACAUCUUCCUACUGAAAUCAUUGCUACAACUACUGCUACUUGUUGUAUACUUAUUGAUGGCAAUUGUAUCACUAUACCUAAUUGUUGGUGCUGCGGCUCAACUGGUCUGCAAUUUUAUUGGAUUCGCUUAUCCGGCCUACGCCAGUGUGAAAGCUGUGCGGACGAAAGACACGCACGACGACACCCAGUGGUUGACCUACUGGUGUGUUUUCGCCGUUUUCUGCCUUGUUGACUACUUCGCCAGCUCAAUCAUGUCUUACUUUCCUGUCUAUUGGUUUGCAAAGGCCGCAUUUCUCAUAUAUUUGUAUCUGCCGCAAACUAUGGGAGCUGAACAUAUGUUCCACAGUUGCGUGAACCCAAUGGUGACUGCAAUCGACAAUUAUCUUGAGGCUAAAACGUAGUAGUCUUUCAAUGAUUAACCAUACGAGAAAUAAAUAUGUGC